AUUCAAUCUUCGCUAUCAAGCAGGAAACCUUCCUUGACGACUUCAACGAACCUGCGAAAGUGCAACAGCAAUAGAAAUGGCUGUAGCACACAAAGUAUCACAGUUACGAUUGCCUCCAUUACCGAGUAUCAAAGACAUCAUUAGGUUAUACAAACUACGUGCACUCAAGGAAUUGUCUCAGAAUUUUCUUUUAGAGCCGAGGUUGAUUGAUAAAAUCGUGAGGGCAGCUGGUAAUAUAGAAAAUCAUGUCAUAUGUGAAGUAGGUCCAGGUCCUGGUGGUAUUACCCGUUCUAUUAUUCGCCAGGCUCCACGGAAAGUGAUUUUGGUGGAGAAAGAUCAAAGGUUUGUGCCAUCUUUAGAAUUACUAGCAGACGCUUGUAAAGACAGAGUUGACAUAGAUAUUAUUACUGGUGACAUUUUGAAAACUGAUCUUGCACAUUACAUACCUAAAGAUGUGAACAGUGACUGGUUUGAUUCGCCCCCACAGGUCAAUUUGAUUGGUAACUUACCAUUUAGUGUCUCUACCAUUUUGAUCAUUCGCUGGCUUGAAAUGAUUUCUAAAAGAGAAGGUCCGUGGUCUUUGGGACGAACUCGAAUGACUUUAACCUUCCAGAAAGAAGUAGCAGAAAGAAUGACUGCUCGUAUGUCAGCCAGACAACGAUGUAGGAUGUCAGUUAUGUGCCAGACUUGGUGCAAUGUUAAUUAUAAGUUUGAUAUACCAGGUGCAGCGUUCCUUCCAAAACCAGAUGUUGAUGUUGGAGUGGUUACCCUCACUCCUCUGAAGCACCCAUUGAUCAAAUUACCAUUCAAAUUGGUUGAGAAAGUUGUUCGACAAAUAUUUUCUAUGAGACAGAAGUAUUCUAUUAGAGGUGCACAGACUUUAUUUCCAGAAAACGUAAGAGAGGAGAUGGCGCUAAAAAUGUACAAAAUGGCAGAAAUUGAUCCAGUAACUAGACCAUUCCAAAUUGCCAACAUGGAGUUUGCUAGAAUCUGUGAAGCAUACAAUGAAAUCAUAAAAAUGUAUCCAGAAUUUGAAAACUAUGAUUAUCGUGCACCAAAGAAACAAAAAGAAGAAAAUGUUGAAGAUGCAGUUUAAUUGUAGAUGUGAGCUUUGAUUUGUAAAUAAUAUUGGUAGAUGUCAUUUAAUAAAGUUUUAUUUAGAUC